CCGCCCCGCCCCCCCGCGUCAUCAUCGACGUCAUCGUCACCCACAACCACCUCCAUUACCGUCGUUUCGUUUUUUUAUUUCACCAAUUCGCGAGAGACGAUGAUGUGCGGCGGCUUCACGUGCUCGAAGAACGCGCUGUGCGCGCUCAACGUCAUCUACAUCAUCGUGGGCCUGCUGCUCAUGGCCAUCGCAGGCUGGGGACUGGGCUACGGCGUGGUCAACACCAUCUCGCUCAUCGGCGGUGUGGUCGCCGUGGCCAUCUUCCUCUUCCUCAUCGCCAUCGUAGGGCUCGUGGGAGCCAUGAAGCACCACCAGGUGCUGCUCUUCUUCUACAUCGUCAUCCUGUUUUUGCUGUUCAUCGUACAAUUCAGCGUGUCUUGCUCCUGCCUCGCCUUCAACAGUUCCCAGCAGGAGACUUUGCUGAAAUAUGGCUGGAAAAGGCUGAGCAACAGAACGGUGGUCGACUUGGAGAAGAAGCUGGACUGCUGUGGGUUCUUUCAGCAGAGGCUCCCGGUGUGCUUGGCGGCUUGCCAGGAGAAACAGCAUUGUAGCAACUGCGGCACGCUGAUGUUGAAUCACGCCAAGGAGGCCCUGCAGAUCUGCGGAGGAGUUGGGCUCUUCUUCAGCUUUACGGAGAUCGUGGGAGUGUGGCUGGCGGCGCGCUUCCGCAACCAGAAGGAUCCUCGCGCCAACCCGAGCGCCUUCCUCUAGGGCAGGGCCCCGGAUGCCGUGUGAUUGUGGGCCGGGUUUUGACGGUCGACUAAGCAGCGCGUGUCACCGUGAGUGUGGGAGCCAUAAUGUGUGCGUGCGUGCCUGUGGGCGUAUGUGCGAGGUAUGUAUAUGUAUGUUGAGCUUCUUUCACACCGUACGUAGCCAACCGUGCUAAUCGGAGGUGCGGGGGGGGGGAAGGACAACAAACCGAAACACAAGAAGCAGUUCGAAAGAAGUUCGUUUUCAAACUGGUGGAGAAUGAUUGAGCAUUGCUGUGGUUAAUAUUCAUCGCUAGCAACGUUCGAACGUCACUCCGGCCCGCCUCCCCCUCUCUUUCCCCCCCACCCCGCCCAUGACCCCACUCCCCAUCACCCCACUUCCCAUCCGUCCAUUUAUCUCUCCAAUAUUUGCGUGGAGUAAAAGAAAACCCGUAGAGAUAUUCUUUCCAACGCACAAGCACGAGAAGCUGAAACGCGUUGUGUUGGUGAGAGGUGUAACGCGCCGCGUGAAUUCCUCCCGCAUUACCUUUGCUGUCUGCCUAAAAUGCUGCCUACACACCACUGUACUUUUUUGUAAAUCCGACACAUCCGCAGUGAUUGCAUCGAGGGUACGCUCGUGUUGUGUGGUUUCUUUUUUUAGGAUAUUCGUAGUGGUUAUACAGGGUGUCCGUGAAGGUGUAGUGCAUUUAAAAAAAGAGUUAUAAUGACAGCAGGUUUGUCUAGGUCAAAGACAAAGAUACCCCGUAUAGCCUUCAAGUGCUGUUAGCGAGCAGCACCUAUGAAGGCCGGCACGGCACACGAGGGCGUGGGUGCCCGGUACCACGCCCGUCUGCCUUUGUCUCCUGAAUUGGCGAUGUUUACACAUUGCACCAGGUACUCAUUUGAGGCUGAGUCAACCUCGGGGAGGUCCACGUCUGGUUCAAAUAAUGGUCACACACACGCAGCAUUGUGAAAAUCCCAUCACACGAGUCUCUCAUCUCAUCCUCCACGUGUUUACCUUGGCGUUGGCAACACACUUGGUAUUGAGAUUUCAGAGAAUCUCAGGUGUUGGAGAGCAUCGCGGCUGUGUGAUUGUUGCAAAUACUUCUGUUCUGUUACCGUUUUAAAGUCACACGAGCAUUAUAAUUUAACAAGAAAAUUGUACGAGGAAUAUGUUGGCGGUAUUUUAACUACGGCGUUCAAACUGCCGUCUGUAGUUUAUUAAUAUCUUGAUGAACAACCCUGCUUGAGACAUUGUCAACAUCCUGUCAUUCGAGGCUUGCUGGAUGUCGCUGGUGUAAUUCGUCACCCACUUGCUUUCUUUCCAACUGCUCAGUUACCCAGUGGUGAUGUCUGUACCCGGAAGGAGAAGCUGUGUUGUUUAUUUUGUAAUUCCGUUGCACCUGAAAGCAGUUCUGUGAUAUCUCCUUCCACGAGGCGUUCUAUAACACGGGGUGAUGCACCGCUUUUGCCGGAGUCACGGAUUGGCUCUUGGUGGCACUUUGAAUAAAACAAAAGACAAAAAAACCUCGUAACAUUUAUAUCGAGACGAAUUCUGAUUGUGUGAUUGUGCGGUCAUGUAUUCAGAAAUCAGAAUAUGUAUUUAUGCUGGAGGAAUCCGAUGCGCAAUGAAGCUCUUUUUCACAGAUAUCCAGUAGUAUUGAUCUGGUGUUCCUUUGGAAUACUUGCGGUUGCAUAGCAAGUCGUAUUGAGCGUUGUGGACAUUCAUGCGGCUCUUAAAACUUCAGCCGUACAUUUCCACGUUGGGUAGUCGAGCAUGUCAGUUUGAAGGUAACGGCGA